UGUUCCCUCCCUCUGCGGAGGGUGGAGGCUGGGAACAGGUGAUCUAUCGCCUAUCAGCUCCCGUUUCCAGUGGGAUGCAAAACAUUUCUGGGUAAGGCUCGCGCUCGAAACCUCUUCUCACAUCUGACCUUCUCAUCUGCUGCGCACAGGAGUAAUGGCUAACGGCGCUCUGGAGAUCGUGGCAAUGGGCUUGUCCUUGUUAGGGCUCAUCGGGGCGGCAGCCAGCACCGGGAUGCCCAUGUGGCGGGUGACGGCCUUCAUUGGAGAGAACAUCAUCACAAUGGAGAUCAGGUACGAAGGCUUGUGGAUGAACUGCUUCAGGCAGGCGAACAUACGGAUGCAGUGUAAAGUCUACGACUCGCUGCUGGCCCUCUCUCCUGACCUCCAGGCCGCACGUGGGCUCAUGUGCUGCUCCGUGGCUCUGUCCGGUCUGGGUUUAUUGAUCGCCAUCGCGGGCAUGAAAUGCACGGCAUGCAUCCAAGACAACGACAGAGCCAAGCGCAUGGUCCUCGUCGUGUCUGGAAUUAUGAUUCUAUUGGGCUGCCUCUGUUGCAUCAUUCCCGUCUCCUGGACGGGUCACGUGAUCAUCCAGGAUUUCUAUAACCCUUUACUCCUCGACGCCCAACGUAGGGAGCUCGGAGAGGCCCUUUAUAUCGGUUGGGUGUCGUCUGCUCUUCUGUUUGCCGGCGGAUGCAUUUUUACCUGCUGUAACAUACCCUCAGACAAGGGCCCGGAUCAGAGAUACGUUUACAACAAAAACGCCGCCCCAUACGUGGCCUAUCAGCCCCAACCUGUGACCUUUUAUCCUCAGGCAAGGUCUGUUUACAGCCAUCCGUCCGGUCCACCGUCAUUCAUUCAACCUUCAGCACAACCGUCUUACCCAACAUCAAGACAACAGUCGUUCAUACAGCCGUCCAGACAGCACUCCUUUAUACAGCCAACCAGACAUCCAUCUGCCCGCAGCGCAGUCGCUUACCUGUGAGGACAUUUCAAAGGCUUGUAUAUUUGCAUUUGUAUGUGUGUGAAAAGAGACAGAGAGAAAAACAAAAAGACUAAAUGGACCUGGACACAUGGGUUUUUGGUAACAAAAGCCCUUCAGAAAUAGUUUUUUUAAACAUUUCAACAUACAAUUUUUAUCGUAGAUUUUAUCCUUUCUCAUUUCAUUUUUCUUGAAAACGUUUUAACAGAAUUAAAAUAAUCUUUGUACUUUUAGUUUUUUAAAAGAUGUAAUUCAGAUGUAAAAUGUGACUAUGAAUAAUUGUUUUUUAUUUUUUUAUAUGAUUCAUUGUAAAGUAUAGAUCUACCCUCAAGCUUUUGUAAAGUUUGGGAUGUUUUGUAUUAUAUCAAAGCUGACUUAAAUAAAUAAAUUACUAAGUUUAAAAGUGUUUAAUGGU